AUGUCUACUAACAACUACAAGGUCGCUGAUAUCUCCCUUGCCGCUUUCGGUAUGAAGGAAAUCGAGAUCGCCGAGAAUGAAAUGCCCGGUUUGAUGGAAAUCACCCGCAAGUAUGGUCCCACUCAACCCCUCAAGGGUGCCAGAAUUGCUGGUUGUUUGCACAUGACCAUCCAAACUGCUAUCCUCAUCCGUACCUUGAUUGCUCUCGGUGCUGAGGUUACCUGGUCUUCCUGUAACAUCUUCUCUACUCAAGACCAUGCUGCCGCUGCCAUCGCUGCUUCCGGUGUCCCCGUCUACGCCUGGAAGGGUGAGACUGAUGAGGAAUUCAUCUGGUGUAUCGAACAAACCAUCAUGUUCCCUGAUGGUCAACCCCUUAACAUGAUUUUGGAUGAUGGUGGUGAUUUGACCAACAUUGUUCACGAAAAGUACCCUCACUUGCUUCCUGGUAUCAAGGGUCUCUCUGAGGAAACCACCACUGGUGUCCACAACUUGUACAAGAUGUUCAAGAACGGUGAGCUCAAGCUCCCUGCCAUCAACGUCAACGACUCUGUCACCAAGUCCAAGUUCGAUAACCUCUACGGUUGUCGUGAAUCUCUUGUCGAUGGUAUCAAGCGUGCCACCGAUGUCAUGAUUGCUGGUAAGGUUUCCGUUGUCGCUGGUUACGGUGAUGUCGGUAAGGGUUGUGCUGCUGCUCUCCGUGCUUUCGGUUCUCGUGUCAUUGUCACCGAAGUUGAUCCCAUCAAUGCUCUCCAAGCCUCUAUGGAAGGUUAUGAAGUUACCACCAUGGAGAAGGCUGUCACUGAAGCUCAUAUCUUUGUCACCACCACUGGUUGUCGUGAUAUCAUUGUCGGUCGUCACUUUGAAAACAUGAAGGAUGAUGCUAUUGUUUGUAACAUUGGUCAUUUUGAUAUCGAAAUCGAUGUCGCAUGGUUGAAGGCCAACGCUGCUUCCGUCACCAACAUCAAGCCUCAAGUUGACCGUUUCACCAUGAAGAACGGUCGUCAUGUCAUCCUCCUUGCUGAAGGUCGUCUUGUCAACUUGGGUUGUGCCACUGGUCAUCCUUCUUUCGUCAUGUCCAACUCUUUCUCCAACCAAGUUUUGGCUCAAAUUGCUUUGUGGACUGAACCUGAGAAGUGGACCGUUGGUGUCCAUGUCCUCCCCAAGAAGUUGGAUGAAGAAGUUGCUCGUUCUCACUUGGGUAAGCUCGAUGUUGAGCUCACUGAACUCUCUCCCGUUCAAUCUGAAUACCUCGGUAUUGCUGUUGAAGGUCCUUACAAGCCCGAUCAUUACCGUUACUAA